CAAGAGGAUGAAAACCCAUCUCUACCUUCUCUUGCUGGCUGCAGGUAUCUCUGCUGCUCCCCAGAUGAGCAGCAUGGCUGAAUUACUGACACUUCUACAGCAAAUGUGGGAGGCAAAGGACAUUCAGAAUCUGAGGAUUGAGACUCCAGACAAUAUAAAUGAUGUGAACUGUAUCAGCACAAUCUUUGAAGGAACGGAACGGCUGAAAACUAAUCCAGCUAUGAAAAAAUUCAGUGCCUUUUUCCAAAAUUUUGAAAGACUGAAGCAAUUUCUCACUCCAAGCCUGGCAAAAGAGGGGAAAUGUGAUACAGAACGAAGGAAUGCAACGAUAUUUAUAAACAAGCUGAUGACAUUCAUCCGAAAAGCAUUAAAAGCCACAAGAGCAUAG